UCAAGUAUCUUGCCUUGGUCGACGACAAACGUGACGGCGUGAUCCACAACCGUUCCUUUUUUCUUUCACACCUUCAUCGUUCGACCGCGAUAGCUCUCAGACUUCUAAUUUGGCAGUUAUCUUUAUUUUCCGGCGACCCAAAACUGCUGUUACGGCCGAUCUCCCUUUCGGAUCAACAAAAGAGCAAAUAUUAAGCAACUGGGUUUAUGAUCGGGCUCGAAACAGAAAAGAACAAGCGAAGAUUAAGAGCUCUAUUGCCCAGCAUCAUGUUUUACCAAUCCAGUGUCCGAAACCAGAGACCCAAAGGGCUCAAGUUUAAGCAUGCAUUACAAUCUGCUCUGCUUUUAGCAGUUUGUAUUUGGUUGCUCCAUCAGAUAAAACACUCACACGAUAAGAGUAAGGAGUUUGAUGAAGCUGUACAAAAGAAGCUCAGCAGUGAGCAUGAUAGCGUCAUUUUGGGGCGUAAAGGGAAUGCGGGGUAUAGUGAAAGAGUUGGGACCGUUUCUACUGAUGGCAAUUUGAUUGGAGAGGAUGACAAGAAAGCAGAUGGUGGGGAUGGAGAUGAUGAACUAGACAGGAGCACUGAAGAGAAGGCUGAAGAAGAAUCUCUCCAAAAAGGGCGUGAAGAUUCACAGGGAAGUUUCACUACUCCUGAGAAAAGACGUGAAGAUGAUCAAAAGAACCCAGAAGCACAGUAUAACAAGGACCUAAUGAACAAUGAAGAAGAUGGCCAUGAUGUUCAAGUGAAAGAUGUGGAUGAAGGAGUGGGUUCGGGUGAGGACAGUGAGGAACAUAAUGAACGGAUUCAUGGAGUCCAUGGUUUUGAUGAUGAGAACGGGAUUCCACCAGAUGGGCAUGAACUUGUGGUUGUGGAUGCCAUUGCCAAUGAAGAAACAAGUAAUGAAAAUGCUACCAGUCUUGAUGAGGAAACAAUCUUGAGUUCAGAUAAUUACAAUAUUGUUGCUAAAAACCCAGAUCCAAUAGCUGAGGGGUUUCGCAAUUCAUCUCAGAUCAAUGAACAAAAUAGCAUUGAGAUGCCAACAACUAAGAACAUGGUUGUCGAAAGCGAGGCUUUUAGAUCUCAAGAAGCCAACGGUACUGCUGAGGGCAUUGUUUCAGAGGAUUCUAAUUCUUUUCCUCCUCAGCAGGAAAAGGAGGAAGUUACAGAUUCAAAGAUACUACUACCUCAAUCUGAAACUGAAGCCAUGAGUCAGGAAUAAUGGCCUUGCUGCUCUGAAAAAAUUGAUACACUUUUCUAUUUUUUCUUCUUUUUUUUGGUUAUGAAAUGUAAAGUGUUGUAAUUUUUUUGUUUAUUUAUAUCUUUUAUUUUUUUCAUCAAUUUUUUUUUUGUUUUUUGUUUUUUUUCCUACCAAGAAUCAAUUUGGAUUUC